ACUACGACUCCCAACAAGCUGUCAAUGAUGUAUAUCGACGUUGAAUUUCUUGGCGCAUGUGAAGCUUAUUCUUCAGUCACGUUUCCUAUAUAUUGACUUUUGGACAUUCCUUCAUGAGCUUUCUGAAGUGCAAGUUUUGAAUGAAAAACAAGAUUUCCACAGUUCCGUUUGUGACUAACUUGUAUCAAGAAUGAAAAUUUGUCAAUUAAUAAAUAAGACAUUGCAUGACAGAUUGUGGAGACCUUCUGGAGGACUUCCAGUUCAAAUAUCAGUCUCAGCUGCCAGUUUCUCAGGGUCAUGCUCGUGGAAUUCUAGAAAGAAGAACUUGAGUCAGUAUGAAAUGGUCAACCAGGAAGAAUAUUCCUUGUUGGUUCGUUCCGUGGUAUCCUCAAAACUCUGCCCCCAAACACCAACAAGCUUAGCUGAGGAAGAUGGACAGCUUUAUGGACCUAUUGUUAAAUCAAAGCACGUUAAGGGCAAACUCAGUGGCAGAGUUCUUAGAAAUGCUUUUCCUUUGAUGAGCCACAGUAAAGUAUUUAACCAUUCCCCUGAGCCUUCACUGGUCACUCCUUUAAAGAUUGGUUUGCAUAAAGAUCCAAGUAAAUUGGAAAUGGUUAGUGUGACUCGAAUCUUGCAGGAGACAAUGCCAGAGAAUCAAGCUUUUUAUUUACAGCGGUGGAGAAAAAAAAUGAUUGAUGAAUUAGGGGAAAAUGGCUUUGAAAACUACACUAGAAGUAUGUUUAGACAAGGAAAACUGUUUCAUGCUGCCUUAGAAGAGAUCUUUAUGCCCACUGAGUCUCAAGAAGCAGAUGAAGAAGAAGUGCAGAUAUCUGGAUACAUUGAGAGUGUACAGCAUGUCUUAAAAGACAUUGGUCACGCGUAUGCAAUUGAAAGUGCAGUGCAGCAUCAUUCUCUCAAUUAUGUUGGCUUGGUGGACUGUGUAGCUGAAUAUCGUGGUAAUUUAUGUGUAAUUGACUGGAAAACAUCUGAAAAACAAAAGCCUUCCCUACGCAACACUUUUGACAGCCCACUGCAAGUUGCUGCGUAUAUGGGUGCCAUUAAUAAUGAUGAUAAAUAUGGAUUUACGGUAGAAAAUGGUCUGAUUGUGAUUGCAUACAAAGAUGGUUCACCAGCACACCCACACUACAUGAACACAGAAGUCUCCAGGGAGCAUUGGACCAAGUGGCUCUUUCGUUUAGAGGAAUAUAUGGACAAAAAAGACAAAAUAAUAGUAAAAAGCUGACUACUCACCUUUUAAUCAGCGAAAAGCAAAUGUAAGCACAGAAUAUUGCAGUUAUAACGUGAAAAUAUUUUUUUGUAGAAUUUAUACACUUUUUAAUAAAAUACCGUUUAUAUGGAGCAAGAAUUAUAUUGUUUAUACCACAAUAUAGUGUAAUUCCUGGAUUGAACUUUUUAUUUAUAAUACCACUUGUACUUUUGCUUACUUAAGAUGGGGGCAUUAGGCCAGUUAAAUGCGAUUGUUUUUCAUAAUACAGUACUCAGUGUAUCACCACGUUUUAGUAAACUGCAAAUUUUGAUUGUGUA